AGUACACGACCGUCAGUUACCUCGGCGGUUACACGCGAACGCGCGCGAUCAUAAGCCGCUUGUGAAAUAAUUGUUAAACAUUUUGAAAAAACUCAAGCAAAACAAUCGGUCAUUUGGAAAAAAAAUCAACUGCAUCGAACAGUAUUGUCGUUUGUCAAUAUUACCAUAAAAAAAAAAAAAAAAAUUACAAAAACUAUGAAAAAGGCGGCCAGCAAAGCGCGCGACGAGAAACUGUUGGCGGCCGUCCGGGAUCGACCGGUGCUGUACGAUCAGUCGAUGCACGUGUUCAAGGACUUCGGCGCCAAGAACGCUGCGUGGAAAGAAGUGGCUGCCGCCGUGGUCGGUUGUCAGGACAAACAAGCCGUGGAACGGUUGAAAGUCCGGUGGAAAACGCUGAGGGACGGGUUCGUGAGGCAUUUGAAAAAGAAAAAGGCGCUGGAAAUGUACACGGCGGCGGCGGCCAUGCGACCUUACAAGCUGGAGAAACAAAUAUCGUUCCUGUUGCCACACGUGUCUUUCCGGGACGACGAGGAGGGCGGCAGCCUGGACGAAGAGACCUCGUCGCUGACGGACAAGCCCGGUGCCGAUUCCGAUCCGCCGUACGAUCAACAGGCCGCCGAAGACAUGAUCUACGACCAGUUGAGCAUAGAGAAGACUUGCAGCGAACACGAGGCAUUGGACAGGUCCGUGCACUUUUUGUGCGAUCAACGGUAUAAGGCCGCCGCCAUUAACUACAGGUUAGAAGAUAUGGACUCGGUGGAUGCUUUUUUCCACGCCAUGGCUCAAACGGUAAAACAACUGAAACCCAUUACAGUAGCCAAAAUCAAACGAGCCGUUUCCAUAAUCGUUUCUAACGCAGAAAUCGAAGAAAUGGAGAGUUCGGUGGCCUUUGAUAGACUUCCGAUAGCCGUUACCUUGACGUCGGAGUCUAAAAAGUAGUGGCUUGACACAUGAUCAAAAAUGCGCAACACAGACUUAAAUGCAUAAUUUUAGCACGUGUAAAAUAUAUCUAUUGUUAAGAGCUAAUUACUCUGUCAACUUUUUUUACUUGAGAACAUUUUCUAGCCAAUAUUUUUCGUACGUUGAGUAUUCGUCUCGGCUGUGGCAAUAUCGCUUGAUCAAUUAUUUGUAGAUAAUGAUAAAACAAAUAAAAGAAUUUCGAUUAGUGUUAAUGGUUUAAGAGAUUUUUUAUUUACUACAGAUUAAAUUAUAAUUAGUUAAGAGAGCUUAAAAGUAUAAAUAAAUUUAAUACUACAUUAUGUAAUUUUGUUUUAAUUAAACAUUUGUUAAUUUGUUAAUGGUUAAAACAUUUUUACGUCUGAAAUAGACAUUAACAGAUUAACUAUUAUAUUUUUAUUUAUGUUUGCUGUGUUUAAUAAUUGGCUGAA